CGGCGGCCAUUACACGGUGCGGAGCGAGGAGCGGCAGCGCUGCCGCAGCCGGAGCGCCCCGGGCCGGCCCCGUCCCUGAGCCCCGCGCCCGCCGCCCGCCCGCCCUGACGCGUCGCGGCCGCCGCCGCUGUGGGGAGCGCGGAUCGCAGGGGCCCGCGGGGCGGUGCGGCAGCAGCAGCAGCCGGUGAGGAGGAGGAGGGAGAAGAAGAGGAGGAGGAGGAGGGGGAGAGCGGGAUGGAGGAGAAGGUCUUCACCAAGGAGCUCGACCAGUGGGUGGAGCAGCUCAACGAGUGCAAGCAGCUCUCCGAGGGGCAGGUGAAGAGCCUUUGCGAGAAGGCUAAAGAAAUUUUGACAAAAGAAUCUAAUGUACAAGAAGUGCGAUGUCCAGUCACAGUCUGUGGAGAUGUCCACGGACAAUUUCACGACCUCAUGGAACUUUUCAGAAUUGGAGGCAAAUCACCAGACACAAACUAUUUGUUUAUGGGGGACUAUGUUGACAGAGGCUAUUAUUCAGUGGAAACAGUCACAUUGCUUGUAGCUCUUAAGGUCCGUUACCGUGAACGUAUCACAAUUCUGCGAGGGAACCACGAAAGCAGGCAAAUCACACAAGUAUAUGGGUUCUAUGAUGAAUGUUUAAGAAAAUACGGAAAUGCAAACGUUUGGAAAUACUUCACAGACCUUUUUGAUUACCUGCCUCUAACUGCCUUGGUGGAUGGCCAGAUUUUCUGUCUACAUGGUGGCCUCUCUCCAUCGAUAGAUACACUGGAUCACAUCAGAGCACUUGAUCGCUUGCAGGAAGUUCCCCACGAGGGUCCAAUGUGUGACUUGCUAUGGUCAGAUCCAGAUGAUCGUGGUGGCUGGGGAAUUUCUCCUCGAGGUGCAGGUUAUACAUUUGGACAGGAUAUUUCAGAAACCUUUAACCAUGCCAAUGGCCUUACAUUGGUUUCAAGAGCUCAUCAGUUGGUAAUGGAGGGGUAUAACUGGUGCCAUGAUCGGAAUGUAGUAACAAUUUUCAGUGCUCCAAACUAUUGUUACCGUUGUGGCAACCAGGCUGCAAUUAUGGAACUUGAUGAUACUCUAAAAUACUCCUUUUUGCAGUUCGACCCGGCGCCGCGCAGAGGGGAACCGCAUGUGACCCGCCGCACCCCAGACUACUUCCUUAAUACUGGAGUGCAGUUCCUGCUGUUGGAGAAGCUGUGACCUCAGGAGGGGGCUGAAGGAUAAAUGUUCAUUCAGGAAAAAUGGUCUGUAAGAAGAGGCAAGUGCGAUCACAGCUUUGAAUUUCAGAUUAAAUACUUCUCCAAGUUCAGUGA